AUGGGAACAGCGACCUCAGCCAGCUCCACAGACGUGUCACCUGGGAUCUGUGUGACCGCCGGAGCCAGCACCAAAAAUAAAUCCUCCCCUCUCCUGUCCGCCGACUCCAUACAUCACAGCGGGGCGGAGGAGCCGUCUCAGCCUGGAGCCUAUCUGCUGCAGGCCUCCUAUUCAUCAGCCCAGACGCCCCCCUCCGCUCCCACACUCUCCCGGUCAGCCGGCCGGGCCUCAUCUCUGGCCCUGGUCACAGCCUCUCUGUGCAGAGCCUCAUCUCUGGCCCUGGUCACAGCCUCUCUGUGCAGAGCCUCAUCUCUGGCCCUGGUCACAGCCUCUCUGUGCAGAGCCUCAUCUCUGGCCCUGGUCACAGCCUCUCUGUGCAGAGCCUCAUCUCUGUCCCUGGUCACAGCCUCUCUGUGCAGAGCCUCAUCUCUGGCCUUGGUCCAAGCCUCUCUGUGCAGAGCCUCAUCUCUGGCCCUGGUCACAGCCUCUCUGUGCAGGGCCUCAUCUCUGGCCCUGGUCACAGCCUCUCUGUGCAGAGCCUCAUCUCUGGCCUUGGUCCCAGCCUCUCCGUGCAGAGCCUCAUCUCUGUCCCUGGUCACAACCUCUCUGUGCAGAGCCUCAUCUCUGGCCUUGGUCACAGCCUCUCUGUGCAGGGCCUCAUCUCUGGCCCUGGUCACAGCCUCUCUGUGCAGGGCCUCAUCUCUGUCCCUGGCCACAGCCUCUCUGUGCAGGGCCUCAUCUCUGUCCCUGGUCACAGCCUCUCUGUGCAGGGCCUCAUCUCUGGCCCUGGGUUCCUUGGACCACAAGCUGCAGCAGGUGAUCAGAGACAACCUGUACCUGCGCACCAUCCCCUGUACCACCAGACAGCCUAGGGAGGGGGAGGUUCCUGGAGUCGACUACAACUUCAUCCGUGUGGAGGAGUUCCGUGUCCUGGAGGAGAGCGGCAUUCUGCUGGAGAGUGGCACCUAUGACGGUAACUACUAUGGGACCCCCAAGCCUCCCGCGGAGCCCAGCCCUGUGCAGCCAGACCUGGUGGACCAGGUUCUGUUCGACGACGAGUUUGACACGGAGGUUCAGCGUAAACGCACCACGUCCGUCAGUAAGAUGGACCGCACGGACAGCGCUGCCGCUCCCGAGGAAGAGGAAGACGAGGAGCGGCCCUCCCUGGUCAACGGCCUCACUGAACACAAGGACAAGGCGGAGUGGAGGAAGGCAGUCCCCAGCUACAACCAGUCCAGCAGUGCCAUGGACUUCCGCUCCUGGAGCAGCCUGCCCAGGGAUGAGGGCCAGGAGCCCCUGCCCAAGAGCUGGGAGAUGGCCUACACAGAGACGGGCAUGGUCUACUUCAUAGAUCACAACACCAAGACCACCACCUGGCUUGAUCCCCGCCUGGCCAAGAAGGCUAAGCCCCCAGAGAAGUGUGAGGACGGAGAGCUGCCCUACGGCUGGGAGAAGAUCGAGGACCCACAGUACGGAACCUACUAUGUGGACCACAUCAACCAGAAGACCCAGUUUGAGAACCCAGUCCUGGAGGCCAAGAGGAAGAUGAGCCAAGACACUACCACCCCGGGCCAGCAGGGGACCCCCACCCCCUCAGAGGAGUCAGGAGGGGGGGCGCGCGGCUUCACAAGGGACCCCGCCCAGCUGCAGGGCUCCAUGCUGAGGGCGGCCCUGAGGAAGAGCCCCCAGGGGUUCGGCUUCACCAUCAUCGGAGGAGACCGCCCAGACGAGUUCCUGCAGGUGAAGAACGUCCUGCGGGACGGCCCGGCCGCACACGACAACAAGAUGGCCUCCGGUGACGUGAUUGUGGACAUCAACGGGAUGUGUGUGCUGGGGAAGACCCAUGCAGACGUGGUGCAGAUGUUCCAGUCCAUCCCCAUCAACCAGUAUGUGGACAUGGUCCUGUGCCGGGGCUACUCCCUGCCGGAGGACACCAGCGGGAGCGAGGAAGGACAAGGGGAGGGCAUUAGCCCCAUGCCCCUGCCUCUGGAGCCCUCCCCCUCCGCCUCCACCCCCCACGACCUCCAUUACACCAGCCCAGAUGGCACCCUGCCCAGACAGACCGCCACAGUCCCACCCAUGACCAACGGGGGGCGCCAGCAUCAGCAGCCGGAGGGCCCGGACCCCACCCUGCUGCAGCCAGAGCUGGUGGGCGUGCCCCUGGUCAAGGGUCCGGGAGGAUUCGGCUUCGCCAUCGCCGACUGCCCCCUGGGCCAGAAGGUCAAGAUGAUCCUGGACGCCCAGUGGUGCCGCGGCCUGCUGAAGGGGGACGUCAUCAAGGAGAUCAACCGUCAGAACGUGCAGACGUUGAGCCACGCCCAGGUGGUGGACAUCCUGAAGGACCUGCCGGUGGGCAGCGAGGUCAACGUGCUGGUGCUGCGAGGAGGUCAGACAUCUCCUGUGAAGUCUCUAAAACCUUGCACGGCUCCCAUGUCCCAUUCCCAGCCUCAGCCCCAGCCUCAGCCUCAGCCCAGACAGGAGUUGACCACCAGUACAGAGACCCUGAGCCCCUCAGAGCCCAUGCCCCAGCCCCUGCCCUUCCCUUCCAGCACCCUGCGCUCCGUCUCCCCCAAACCAGACCCCUCGGAGCUCUACCUCAAGUCCAAAGCCAUGCUGGACAGCAAGCCCCCCAACACCAAAGAUCUGGAUGUGUUCAUCAAGAGGAACCAGGAGUCUGGAUUUGGCUUCCGUGUUCUCGGAGGAGAAGGUCCUGAUCAGCCUGUAUACAUUGGCGCCAUCGUGCCUCUGGGCGCGGCGGAGAAGGACGGCCGCUUGCGUGCAGGGGACGAGCUGCUGUGCAUCGAUGGCGUGCCGGUGAAGGGGAAGUCCCACAAGCAGGUCCUGGAGCUGAUGACCAACGCCGCCCGCAACGGCCAGGUCAUGCUCACAGUCCGCAGGAAGCUCGCACACCCAGAGGGGGGUGGAGAGGAGGAGGGCGCCCAACCCCAGAAGGCAGCGCCAACCCUGGUCAACGGCUCUCCCAAGCUGCCCCGCCUCGAGGGCUCCAGCGCCCCCCAGCAGGAGUGCUACGAUGUCACCCUGCAGCGCAAGGACAACGAGGGCUUCGGCUUUGUCAUCCUCACCUCCAAAAACAAGCCCCCGCCUGGAGUCAUCCCUCACAAGAUCGGCCGCAUCAUCGAGGGCAGCCCCACCGAGCGCAGCGGCCGGCUGAACGUGGCCGACCGCAUCUCCGCCGUGAACGGCCGCUCCAUCAUGGAGCUGUCCCACAACGACAUAGUCCAGCUCAUCAAGGACGCCGGCAACACCGUCACCCUCACCGUGGUCCCCGAGGACGAGAACAGUGGUCCUCCAUCUGGAACGAGCUCAGCCAAGCAGAGCCCCUCCACACAGCACAGAGCUGUGGGCCAGCAGCCUGCCAACCACUCUGACAGGAACGGCAACUCUGAGGAGAAGAAGAACGGGGUUGGCUGGCCCGAGUACAGGUCCCUCCCACACGGAGAGAUGGGAACACUGAUAACCUCAGGCCCCAAGCAGGGCUGUUUCGUGGUGGAGCUGGAGCGUGGGUCUCGAGGCUUCGGCUUCAGCCUGCGGGGAGGGAAGGAGUACAACAUGGGCCUGUUCAUCCUCCGCCUGGCCGAGGAGGGCCCCGCCUUCAAGGAUGGCAGGAUCCAGGUGGGAGACCAGAUCGUGGAGAUCAACGGCGAGCCCACCCAGGGCAUCACACACACACGGGCCAUCGAACUCAUCCAAGCUGGCGGCAUUAAAGUGCUGCUGCUCCUCAAACCUGGCCAGGGCUUAGUCCCCGACCACAGUAUGAAGGAGAAAGCUAACAUUUCACCCUCAAGCGUUCCAAGCCUGCCUGCUUUUGACGAGCAGUCCUCCCCAGCCUCUCCCUCCUCCGUGUCCUUCUCCACCUCCCAGCCGUCCCCCUCCUCCACCAAUACAACCGCCCCCGAGGAGCCCCCUAACCUGGACACAGCUGCAGCCUCCAGAGAGCCCCCCAGGGAGUACGCGGGCCAGUCCAUCAGGCCCGCAGGCCAGCAGCCCCACAGCCACCACAAGAGACCCACCAGCCCCAACACCCCAGACAGAAAAGCCCACCCCAAGAGGAGUGAGCUGGUGUCCCACAGCGAGCAGCCAGCCAGCCCCCCGAGAGGCUCUGGGACCCUUAGAGCAGAGAGAAAGGAGCGCUCCCAGAGCCCAAGGAAGACCGACAGGGUCCUGUCUGGGGCUCCUGAGCCUAAGAGGGGCUCCCUGGAGGAUGGAAGCCAGAGGAGAGAGCCCCGGGGCUCCAGCCCCAGAAAGAGCUCCAGGAAGGAGCAGGAGGCAGCCUCUGCUGCUGCUGUGUCCAGACAGCCCUCCAAGGGCCAGGAGGGGUCCCCCAGGCGCCCUGCGGGCCAGCAGGCCAGCCCUGCUCAGCCCCCCUCGGAGGUCAGAGACAGGAGGCGCAAGGAGGAGGACGCCGCAACUGCACGCAAGCAGGAGAGAGAGACAGGUGACAGCAUGCCCAGAGGAACCAAUGGGGAACGCAGGAAGGACAAGGGGGCUGAACGAGAGGCGGGGCCGGACAGAUCCCAGUCUCAGACCCACAGGGAGAGGGCGGGGCCUGACGCAGAUGGAAGCACCCUCAACCGGAAGGCUGGAAGGGAGAAGGAGAGAGAGAGAGAGCGAGGGAGGGAGGGAAAGGAGGCUAAACCCAGGGCGGCAGUGGAGGAGAGUAAGAGGGACACCAGGAUCUCCAGCAGUAGCAGCCAGGAGCCCCCCUACGACGGAGGAACCAUGAGCAAGAAGGCUCCCAUCACCCCUGGGCCCUGGAAGGUCCCCAGCUCAGCCAAGAUGCAGUCCCAGGGAGACUUGACGAGGGAGGGGAACUGACGCCCCCACCGACUGAAGACUCCCAAGCUUCUGUUUGUGUGCAGCGCACGCAGCAGUUAGAAUGGACCAAUGUCUUCUCGGCUGAGGAUAUUUGCAUCACUGUGUUAUCAUCACAUUGCCUGUCAUUGCAUAUCCGUGCUUUUUUCCACAGUCUGCCUCACCUGCUUAUACCUGAGUGGUGUGUCUGUGCCGAGGCGGAGCUUAUGUCACAGGCAGGAUGUGACACAGAGAUCCCUCCUCUUGUCUGUGCCAAGACUCCUGUAGGGCGGGGCUAGUUUUAGUAUCAGAGGCUUUGCGAGACUCUUUUCAAUUUGAUGAAAGGAAAUACUUUCCCUUGCCGACUGAUGAACGAUGUUGUUUUCUGUCACUAUGAAGGUUUUAAAGAUUUCUGUCCAGGUAAUCACUCACGAAUCGCCCUCCGUUCGGGGAGGUGAUUGGCUGCUCUGUAUUUGAUUGAUGUAGAAGGAGGUGAGAUUGCGGUUGUUUCCUCUUGAAUCUGUGGAGGACGGUGGCGGUUGUCUCUUCAAUCAUGUUCCAUCCAUAACUAGGAACCCUGUCUAGAGAUGUGACCAGAAAGUGCACAUGCACGUGUAGACUCUUGAACCCUGGUGUUGUCAGCUUAGUGGUGGGUUUAUAGAUCAUUUUGAAGCUUUAUAUGCAUCUUAUCAGAAGACCAGACACUUGUGGUUUAGGUAUAUUGUUUACUACAUGUGUGUUUAUAAUGAAGCAUACUGUAAUUUAUUAAGAAUUAUAUGAAAAAAGAAUAUAUCCUGUAAGUACACGUAUCCAUACUGAGCCAUUUCACCUUUUGAUGUUGUACCCUGAUUACAGAAAUGGAGCGAGUAGAGGAAACAUCACCACUAAAGAUAUUUUUAACAUUGAUAGAGAUCUUUGAGAAAUGAUACCUAACAUAAGUCACAACAUCUGUCUAUUUGUGCACAUGACAGUAUUUGGUUGUGGUGUUAUAUUGGAUGUAUUUAUACAUUCUAUUUCUAUCCACCCACAGUCGGUUCAUUUAGUCCCACAAGCCCAUUCUGUUAUUGUAAUGUUUAUAAUUAACAGCUAGCUUUGGACCUAAAAUGAAUAAUGUAUACUACAAGAUAACAGCUAGGCCUCUAUAUUUAGACAUUGCUGUAGUUUCACUGAACUUUAUAAAAUGUGUGUAUUAUUUAGCUAGAUGCCCCCUGAUGUACAUGCACAUGUAGCUGUACAAAUUCAGACAUUUAUAGUUUGGUUAAAAGUGAGACCUUAAGGUACAACAUUGAGAAAAAAAAACUCUAAGUCUUCAUUUAAUUUCUCAUCCUCCCAAGAUCUGUACAAAUUGUUUUGAACGUAUGUUAUUUGUGGGUUGUAGCCUAGUGGUUUGUAGACCUCUUGUUCACUGCAAAUAGCUGAAAAUCUGCACCCUCUUCUGGAGAAAAUGUAUACAACUCACAUUCCAACAUCAAGAUGUAUGGUUUACCCUGCCAUUACACAUUUGUUUCUUUGAAUUUGCUCCACAUUAUUUUUAAGUACCCAAAGUCAAUUACCCCAAAUGUACAGAAUCCUGAUAGUAACAACUGAACCAUGCAUUGGCAUAAUCGUUCUCCUAUAAAUAGCUCAGAGUGCAGUAGUGUUACCUUCACAUGUGAAGAUUCCCCUAAACAUAAUCCAUGUCAACUUGUUUGAAAUGUGGUGUACAAAAUGUGAAUUCAAUUGUUAAUCUCAUCUCAUUAUUGACUUAUAUAUUAUACAAAAUGUCUCUUGAAUCUUAGGGAAUAUAUCGGGUUUUUUGUUAGUUUUUUUUUUAGAUACCAUGUUCUGUGUGUUCUGUAUAAUACUGUGGCCUUGCAUUGCUUUCACAGAAAAACAGCCUUUUGGUCUCGACAUUAUGUGGUAGAUGUAAAUGUUCAUAAAUUGUACAGCACAUGUAUAAAUACUUGCCUUCAUUCAGAAAAGAAUCUGUAAAUCGCUCCAUUAUUUUUUUAAGUAAUUGAGAAGAAAAUGAUAUAUAAUUAUGAAAGGAAAUAUUCUGGUCAUGGCAUUCUGUUCAUGCACUGAUAAAUAAAGUUUUACUGAAUAAAC